AUGACGAGAUUUAGAUAUAUUUCGGUCAAUAAACAAAUAUUCUAUCAAAAUUGGGGGUCAAGAAGAUAUAUACAUUAUGAACGUUUUAAGCGUUCGGGUUUUGGUGUAGAAAACCGAGGUUUCUGGUAUAUUUCGGGAGCAGUUUUAUUGGGAGCAGGAGCAUAUUAUUUCUCACAUAUAGAAUAUGUUCCAGUGUCGAAUAGAAGAAGAUUUAAUGAUGUAUCACCUGAAUUUGAGAAAAAAAUGUCACAACAAACAUAUAGACAAAUUAUGAGUCAAUAUAGAGGCCGAAUUCUGCCACCUAAUCAUCCAAUGACACGUCGUGUACAGCAAGUGAUGAUACGAUUAAUACGUGCAUCAAAAUUGAAAGAUAUAGACUGGGAAAUUCAUGUAAUUGAUGAUCCACAACGAAAUGCGUUUAUUCUUCCAGGAGGAAAAGUAUUUGUAUUUUCAGGAAUAUUACCAAUCUGCAAGAAUGAAGAUGGUCUUGCAGUGGUUCUUGCACAUGAAACGGCACAUCAAAUUGCACGUCAUUCAGCAGAAAAGUUAUCGUUUACAAAACUUGUUCUUUUUGGUCAUUUUAUUCUAUCUCUUUUUUAUGAUCCUUCAAUUCUAGGCCGGGCUAUUAUAGAUAUUUGUCUUUUAAAACCCAAUUCUAGAAAACUAGAAACAGAAGCGGAUUAUAUAGGAUUAAUACUUAUGAGUGAAGCAUGUUAUGAUCCUAAUGAAGCACCUCGUCUUUGGAAAAGAAUGUCUAUUUCAGAAACUAAAACACCUCCAAAAUGGCUUAGUACACAUCCUACACAUGAUAACCGUAUUACUAAAAUUAAUGAAUGGAUGCCAGAAGCUUACAAUAAAUAUGUAGAAAACGAUUGUUCUAAAUAUUCCAAGAGGUUUUUUAGGCCAUUUAGUUAUUUCUAA